AACUUCUCUUAUUCAUAAACCACUCUUCUAAAACCCUUGCCAUGGCUAAAGUUUUUCUUCUUUUAUCCAUUUUGGCCUUUUUGGCUUUCUCUCAACUUGCUUUUGUUUCUUGUAGAAAAGCGGAAACCAGCCAUGGUUUAGAUGGAUUCACUCUUGAUCUUAUUCAUCGAGAUUCUCCCCUUUCUCCCUACUACAACCCUUCUAUCACCCAUUCUCAACGCCUUCGUGAUGCCUCCCACCGAUCUUUUUCCCGAGCAUCUUUCCUCAGGAAAGCCUCUGUCCAUUGCACCACACCUUCCAAUGGCAGUAUUCAAUCAAACAUCAUUCCGGUUCCUGGAGAAUAUUUAAUGAAAAUUGCCAUCGGUAUGCCCCCAAGGGAAACCUUUGCAAUUGCUGACACUGGCAGUGACUUGACAUGGAUACAAUGCAAGCCUUGUACUGAAUGUUUUAACCAAAGCUUACCCCUUUUCGAUACUCGAAAAAGCUCAACUUAUAAAACCGUUGGUUGCCACUCUAAGGCAUGUCAAAAUGUGGGAGGUGCUUCUUGUGUUAGAAAAGAUGUUUGUGAAUAUGAGAUGCGUUAUGGUGAUAGUUCUCAUAGUAUUGGUGAUGUUGCUUCUGAAACCUUCACAUUUGCAUCAACAACAACAUCCAAAGCCAAAAAGGUCCAUAAUAUUUCAAUCCCAAAUGUUGUUUUUGGUUGUGGACAUGAUAAUGGAGGCACUUUCAACAAUCGUACUAGUGGGAUUGUUGGAUUAGGAGGUUCAAAAAUCUCCAUUAUUAAGCAACUUGACAAGCAAAUUAAAGGGAGAUUCUCUUAUUGUUUAAUCCCACUUAAUUUAUCAUCUUCUUCUCAUCCCAAUUCUACAAGUAAAAUUCAUUUUGGUCGUAAGGCAGUUGUGUCGGGGCCUAAAGUUGUUACAACUCCCAUAAUUCGAAAGGGCCCCGAGACGUUCUACCUUCUAAAUCUCGAAAGUGUUAGCGUUGGAGAAAAGAAGUUGGAGUUCGAGUCACCAAAACCGAGUUCUUCUGCCGGUAAUGAAAAUUUGGGAAAUAUUAUAAUUGAUUCUGGCACAACAUUGACAUUUCUUCCUGAAAAAUUAUACAAUAAAUUGGAAUCAACGUUGGUGAAAACGAUUAAAGAGACGAGGAAAGAAGAUCCCUUAGAAGAGUUUGGCCUGUGUUAUGACUCGGAAAAACAUGCGGUCAACCCUCCUAAGAUUGUAUUCCAUUUCACAGAUGCUGAUAUUGAGUUGUUACCUGAGAAUACAUUUGCAGAAGUUGAUGAAGGUUUGACUUGUUUGACAAUUAUUAGUGCAGGUCUAAAUGGUGCUAUUUAUGGAAACUUGGCACAGGCAAAUUUUCAUAUAGGAUAUGAUCUUGUGAAUCGCAAAAUCUCUUUCUUGCCUACUGAUUGUACCAAGCAUUGA